GUUAAAGGAAAUGAUCCGGCCUGAAAUGGCGGCGUUGUGUACCUGAAUUCGAACAUCAAGUUGCACAAAGAGGAGGAACAAGAUUAUGGUGUAGAAAUGUCCUUCAUGGAUGUUGAAGAUGAUGACUGUAGCGUGUUUGAUGGAUAUGAUAGUCUGGAAGACGACGGCAGUGGCAGCCAUCGAAACCUCACCACAGAUGAUUCGAGCAAUGACCUGGAAGAUGAGGAACAUGGUCAGGUGCAGGACAUGGAUACAGAGUCGAUACGUGGAGCGAUAAAUGAUGAUGAGUCAUCUAUUGAUGGAAGACUUAGAAUUGCUACCUGUGAGAUGUGUGGCAUUGUUGGAGCACGAGAAACCUUCUAUUCCAAAACUAAAAGAUUCUGCAGUGUCUCCUGUUCUCGAAGCUACUCUUCCAACUCAAAGAAAGCCAGUAUCUUGGCUAGAUUGCAGGGAAAACCACCUACAAAGAAGGCAAAAGUGUUAAACAAGGCCUCAUGGUCAUCUAAAUUGGGGGCAUUUCUGCAGCAACAGUCCAGUGGGAAGGGAACAGAUGUUGCACAGAGUAACAACUCAGCUGCUAACCAAGGAUUUGAAUGGGGGAAAUAUAUCGACGAGCACAAAUGCAAAGCCGCUCCUGUCGGCUGCUUCAAACAUGUUCCACUUUUUGAUCAGUGGGAAGAUGUUCUGGAAGGAAUGAAAGUAGAAGUAUUGAACCUUGACUGUAAUCUGCCAAACAAAGUCUACUGGAUUGCAGAAGUCAUGAAGUUAGCAGGUUAUAAGGCACUGCUGAGGUAUGAAGGAUUUGAAAACAACCCAAAACAGGAUUUUUGGUUUAAUCUGGGAACUGCAGACGUCCAUCCAAUUGGUUGGUGUGCCACAUUUGGCAAGCCUCUUGUGCCUCCUCAGACUGUUCGAAACAAGACCACUGACUGGAGGGCCUAUCUGUUAAAGAGACUAAUUGGGUCUAAGACUCUGCCAGUUGAUUUUCAUUAUAAGAUGGUGGAGAGUAUGAAAUAUCCUUUUCGACCAGGAAUGCGUGUAGAAGUCGUUGAUAAGGCACAGAUCUCACGUACACGGACAGCGGUUGUGGAUACUGUGAUUGGGGGGCGCCUGAGACUGCUGUAUGAAGAUUGUGAAGAUGAUGAUUUCUGGUGCCACAUGUGGAGUCCCCUCAUCCAUUCAGUGGGAUGGUCCAAAAGAGUGGGUCACAAAGUGAAACAGCCAGGAGGAGUCACCAGACCAGGCGUAAGUUCAUACCCAACGUUCAGGAAAAUCUUCUGCUAUGCUUUGCCUCAUCUCUUUAAGAAGGUACGAGCUGUUUAUGCUAAUGAUGAAUGGUUUGAAGAGGGGAUGAAACUGGAGGCAAUUGAUCCACUGAAUUUAUCCACUAUUUGUGUUGCCAGUGUCCGAAAGGUAUUGUUGGAUGGAUAUCUUAUGAUUGGAAUUGAUGGAUGCGAGGCGGCUGACGGUACUGACUGGUUCUGUUAUCAUGCUUCCUCUUGUUGCAUCUUUCCUGUGGGAUUCUGCAAGAAGAAUGACAUUGAGUUAACGACUCCCAGAGGUUGGGAGAAGUGCUUUGACUGGGAUACAUACUUGAGAGAAACUGGUUCCAAAGCAGCUCCUGCAAGCCUGUUCAUUAGGGACAUUCCAUACCAUGGGUUUGAACCUGGAAUGAAACUUGAGGCCAUCGACCUGAUGGAACCACGCCUGAUCUGCGUUGCUACAGUGACACGCAUAGUGAAUCGUCUGUUGCGGGUCCAUUUUGACGGGUGGAGCGACGAAUAUGAUCAAUGGGUAGACUGUGAAUCGUCAGACCUGUAUCCGGUGGGCUGGUGCGAGUUGACUGGCUAUCAACUCCAAAUGCCUGUAGAUCCAGCUCCUGAAAAACCUGCCACGAAAUCAACAGAAGCCCCUAAGACAAAGAGGAAACCUUACGGGAAGAAAAAAAGAAAACCGCUUCAAAAGCUGGCAAAACGUGGAAUGAAGGGCAAACCUGGAACAUUGGCAAAAGAGGAACUACCUGAAGAUGAAAUUUUAAGGUAUUCAAGAUUUGCCACAGUUGUCGACUUUAUUGAAGAAUGAAGAAACAGAUUAUGUGGUUGAAUUGCGUCUUUGAUUCACAACCUGAAGUUACAACCACAGAAUCUUCGCCUUUAUCACAACUUGGACUGGUUGCUUCUCUUCAGGAUGGUAUUUUGGCGAGAUUAAAUAUUUGCCUCACUCUCCAGAGCCAUUCCAAUCACAAAACCAAUCAUUUGUGUUAAUAUAGAUCUUGAAAAUUGAACAAUGAACCAAAGUGCUUCAGAGCAGUGUUACAAUCAACAUUUCACACUGAUCCAUUUAAGAAGUUAGGAGGACAGGUCAUCCAGAACUUGGUCAGAGAAAAAGAAAAAGAAAAAGAAAAUUCAUACUGGAUUGAAACGUUAAUGAGUUUUCUGUCUGCACAGAUGCUGCCAGACCUAUUGAGGUUUUCCAGUCAUUUUGUUUUUCUUUUAGGUUCAGAGCAGCAUCUUUUCUUUCAUUCACUCAUGAGACAUGGACGGAGCAAGCUGGUUAGCAUUUAUUGCCCAUCCUGAGAAAAGAGGAGGGAGAGAUGGAGAGGGAAGGAAUUACAGGGCUUAACUGAAGACCUCGACCGUAGUGGGUAUUGGGACCGCAAGUGAGGUUGUGAGCUAAAAUGUUAGGGUUGCAUGCUCUGAGACAGCAACUGAUCACUCCUCCCCUCUCCCCAUGGUUUCAUACAAUUUCUCCUCCUCCCCGUCCACACGCCAUGGGGUCACAAUAGAAUAAAGUUUGGGAAGCAGUGUCUUGGGGUGAUAGAGCUGAAGGUUCAAUCACAAUGGUGAAGCAAUUAAAAAUGGUGGUGCAUAAGAGGCCAGGUUUGGAAGUGUGCAGACAUCUCCAUGUUUAAGGGACUGGUGGAAGUUAUGGUGUGAUUUGGAAACAUGGAUGAGAAUUUUGAAUUUGAGACAUUACCUUUACAAGCUAAAUCCCUGGGGUGGGGAUCACUUGGAAUAUUAUUGAGUGUUUACAGUCAAUAAAUUUGUGCUAUUCGCGCCAAGGUUGUAAGAUAACUGUGGGACUGCCACUGCAGGACUAUGCAAGGGAGUUUGGUGGGGUUGCUGUACUCCUGGAGCCCUUCAUUGCAUGUUCUCUUCCCCACAAAAGCCCUGCCCCCAAGUCCCACCAUUGGUGAUUUCGCAUGUCCAUCUUUGUGGUGUCCUGCCUUUUCAUGACAAUUGGGAAUUGAACGUUCUCCUGGUUACCCAACUCUUAGAUCUUAUUAUCACCAUCCCCAAUAUUCUCAUAGAUAAUUAGUCAUAAUAUCCAAAGAAAAGGAAAAAGAAAAUCAAACUUUUGGGUUUAUUUUCAUGCAUUUAUGAUUAUUUAUCUCAUCUUUUGUUUUGGUACUUACUGUGUACAAAUUGGCUGCUAAGUUCCAUACAUGACAACAGUACUUACAUUUAAAAUAUUCUUAAUCGAUUCUACUGCUCUCUGGGCAUCUGUGUCCAUGAAAUACAGCAUAUACAGGAAAUGCAAGUUCUUUCUUUCUACGUUGCAGUCAUGGUAGACUGUGUUAAGUGGUUUAGAUGCCAGGAAAACCUCCAAGGGAUGUGGACUCAUUUGCCCUACCAUUUGCAGAUGGAAUUAAUCAGUGGCAGUUAAGGAAACAUUGACUCUGCUUUCACUCCAUAGAAGCUGCCAGCUCUGCUGAGCUUCUCCACCUAUUUCUAUCCAACCCAAUAUCUGAGGAACAGACAAUAAAUGGCCCAAAUAGAUGUUAUGUAAAUGUUGUCCAGAGCUACCAUCCUGGAUUGGCAUUUCUUGACCCCCAGUAUUAAGGAAGAGACACUCUAACUUUCUAUUCUGCUCCUUGUUAAAGCUCCCUUAGAUUGUUGGUCUUGCAGGGAUGUUGCUGGGAUUGGAGGAUUUCAGCUGUGGAGAGAGGCUGGCUAGGCUGGGGCUCACCUUCCUAGAGUGCAGUGGGGCCUGAGGAGUGACCCUCUAGAGAUUCAUGGAAUUGUGGGGGACAUAGAUAGAGUGAAUGACCAGGGUUGUUUUCCCAGGUUGGGUGAGUCCAACGCCAGGGGCUACGGUUUAAUGUGAGAGGGGAAAGAUUUAGAAGUGACCCGAGUGGCGUCUUUCCCGCAGAGAAUUGUACAUGUAUGGAGCAGGCUGCAAGGGAGGUGUGUGUGUCAAAUGUUAAAAAAGACUAAAGACCCAUGCCAACAGUAAACAGGACUAAUGUGAGAUACAGAAUCCCAUGCAGCGAGUGCAAUAAACAUUACAUUGGACAAACAGGAGGAAACUGACGACCAAGAUACAUGAACACCAGCUGGCAGUAUAAAGUCACAGCCAACACUUACUUGUCUCGAUACACACAGACAAUGAAGGCCAUUAGUUCAGUUGGGACAAAGUGAAUAUACUGGGGUUUGCGAGCCACAGACAUGCAAAGGAAUUUCAACAUGGGACUCCAUUAACAAAUACAUAGAAAUAGACCCCGUAUACAGACUGCUGUUAAUAAACAGAACUGGAAGUGACAAGUUCCAUCACACAAGAGGAUCAUACAAAUUUGGAAUGGAGUGGAACACCAAUGCUUUGAUGAGAGGUCACACUGGUGACGUUGACUAGAAUGGUAACGAAAGGUCUGCACACCAUGGAACAACUAUUUUGGAGAGCUAAUGAACAACGGCAUCCACAACCUGAGCUACAAAUUUUUGCUAAGACCUUAAAAAUUGUAACAUCAGAAACAAUGUAACAAGUUUGUAUACUGCAUGCAUCCAAACAAUCUCCUUUAAUGGUGUUGUUAAGGGAUAAAUUUGGCCAGUACACCAGGGUCGCCUUUGCUGCUCAUCCAAGAAAUAAUGCCAUGGGAUUAUUAAGGUGUGUGUCUAUAGUUGAUACAUUUGUUUAAAUUUUCAUCCAAAAGACAACAUCUCUGACAGUGCCACUCUCUAUUGGUACUGCACUGGGAUAAAUGCCUAGAUCUUGUGCUCUAGUUUCUGGAGUGGAACUUGACAUAUAGCCUUCUGACUCUAAGGCAAGAAUGCUAUUAACUGAGCAACUGCAGUAGAAGAAUAUCUUAAAUGUUUGAGUUCUGAUAGCUUUGCACUUCCUACAUCAAAAUCUGUCUGUCUGGUUCAGAGAUAGAUGGGUUAACAGUGCUACAGUUGACUUUGUAACCUGGAAUUGCUGCUGACUUUAUUUAUCUUGCAUAAGAAAAACAAAUUUCCCAGCAGUUUCUCAAGCAAAGUGGAAAUUUGUAUUCUUCACAGGUCAGCAGCUAUCGCUGCUAUGCUAUGCUAUGCAGACUCGCUCCAGUUAUAAAACAAGUCUGCAAUUAGGGGUGGACUGUCUCCCAAAAUGUUGUCAUAGUACUAUUUAGAAAAUAUUCCCCCCCUAUUGUACCAAGAAAGUGACUCGGAAUGGAGUACGUUCUAUAGCUUCCCAGUUCCUCAUCUUAGAGGCUGUUCAUUGUGUAGGUUGACAGGUUGUUUUACGCUUUGAGUGCAGCCAUAUUGAGUCUGAACUAUACCCAUAUCCAUUUUUGUAUUUUCGAAUAGAUUACCGUUUAGAAAUCAGGGGCUGAAUCAAAAACAUAUUCCUUCCUCACUCUUCCAAUUGUGGUGCUUUUCACCACACAACAG